CUUUAAAAAUAUGUGAUGUUUUUAAAAAGUUUAAACAUAUUCCUGUUAUUAAUUGCAGAUGUUGCAUUACACACAGUGCAAGUGAAAGUUGAGCAGGGGACUGUAAUCGGCAUCAGACUGAGUACCGUUUUCGAGAAGAAACUUUAUUAUGCAUUCUACGGUGUUCCGUACGCCCAGCCCCCCGUCGGUGAGCUUAGAUUCAAAGAUCCUAAGCCGGCGAAAAAAUGGGAGACACCGUUCGAUGCAUCUCUCGAAUACCACGGAGCAUGCUCCCAGGCACAUAUAGUACAUAAACAAGGUUUAUAUGGAUUUGAAAAUUGUCUUAACAUGAAUAUAUAUACACCUCACCUCCCGAAAGAUGGCAAUAACAAUCUCAAACCUGUGAUCGUAUGGAUUCACGGCUAUGCUUUCACCUCAAGUUUCAGUCAUAUACAUGGUGCUGAUUUUAUAAUAAACAAUGAUGUCUUGUUUGUCAGUGUGACGCAUAGGAUUGGAGUUUUCGGAUUUUUGAAGAAAAAUGAAACGGAUACCCAUGCUAACAUGGGUCUUAAGGACAUAGUUCGGGCUUUACAAUGGAUAAGGAGAAAUAUUAAAAAAUUCGGCGGAGAUCAUAAUCAAAUUACUGUGAUGGGAAACGGAUCCGCGAGCACUUUUCUUUCUAUAUUACUUAUGACAAAAUUUAAGAAACUGUUUUCGAAAAUGAUAUUACAUAGCGGAGCACUGUAUUCUCCAUCUCUUUUUCAAACUGAUCACAUUUUAGAGAGAGAUAGAUUAUUAAAAGCUCUUAAAAAAAUAACUCUUGACGAUUUGGACACAGCGCAAACUAAAGAUAUAAUAUUAGCUUCAGCAAAUAUUUACACCAGUAAAGAGCUUAUCAAUUUCCAACGACCAAUAAUUCCGUUUAUGCCUACUCUAGAAGAAAAAUCAAAAAUGGCGUUAGUUACGAAUGAUCCUCUGAAAGAAAAUUUAAAACACAAUACUCCAAUAUUAAUUGGUUUCAAUAGUCAGGAAAGUAUAUCUGAAGCAAUCCCGUUCAUACACAAUCCCAGAUUCUUGAAAUCGUUCGAAGCUUUCUUUAAGUUUAUGGUGCCGUUCACAGGAAAAUGUAGAUACAAUUAUACAUCUAAAAAGUAUACAGAAAUUUCUGACAAAAUAAAAAAUAAAUAUUUUGCCGGUUCUAUAACAGAACAUUCUUUGGAUAAUUUUUUGAGAUAUGUGUCAGAUUUACUUAUAUAUCCCAUAUUGCAAUUUAUAAAUACAUCACUGAAUAAAAAAAAAGAUAAUAUGUAUGUGUAUAAAUUUAAUUAUGUAGGCAAUUUUAGUGCGGUAAAGAGAAAUUCCCUGGCAAAUGCAAAUGUAAGAGUAAAGGGCGCUGCGGCCGGUGACGAGAUAUGUUACGUGUUGAAGUGUGAGCCGCUCUGGGAGGACUAUGUUAGGAUAAUUCCUGAUGCCAAUAAUAAAGACAGAAGAUUAAUCGCUGAAAUGGCAAAUUUAUGGUCAAAUUUUGCUAAAACGGGCAAACCUACGCUUUCAGUAUCCACAGAGACUUUUAGUUGGCCACCGAUAACAUUAGGCGACAAAAAAAUUGCCGUAAUUAGCAAUAACAUAAAAUUAAGCAGCAUGAAAUUAGAGCAGGAAAAGUUUUCUUUUUGGAAAGAUAUCUACGACAAUUACUAUGCAGACGAAAGGUGUAAUAAAAAUGAUCAUGAUGAACUAUAGUUACUGAUUAAUUAGUAGUAGUAAUUAACUAUCUUCUAAAAAUAAUCUUAUUUUUAUAAUAAUCUACUUCUGUAAUCUUGAAAUUUCUGUAAGUUCGAAAUGGCGAUCCUGUGAAA